GGACCCGGAACCCCCGGGAGGAAACGGAGAACCUCGGCGGUCUAAAGGGGCAGGUACCCGGGAGCUGUUCUGUUUUCAAAAUAUAAACUUUUCGAGUCAGUCGAAUUCUGAACGCCGUCCGGGAACGAUCAUCCAAAACCGGAGCCGUCCAUCGGUCACGUACAGCCCACUGGUAGACGUCGCCUUAUAAUACAUCUUCUCGACGCAAAGUUCGGUCGCAUUCGCAAUUCGCCCCCGGGGGGAACGGCUAACACACGAAGAGUUUUAGAGCCAGCUCACUCACCGAUCGAUCGUACACCAAGUCGGACACACGCUGCUCUACAAGGUGCCUGCCGAGGUGUGUAGAGUUUGCGCGAGUGCAUCGUACACGUUUGCUAGACCAAGCAACAGCAAAAAAAGGACAUCAAUCCAACGGCGUUGUCUCUAUGCGACAAGGACCCGAGCGUGUUUGAUUGAUUGUGGUGCAUCCGAAUUACAUCCGAAUGUGAGAAAGUGUUUCCGGUGUUUUGUUGGAAAAAAAUAAUUUUACCACAAAAGUGCACAAGUCGUUUAUAUCCCCAAGUGAUUACCAACAAGGUACGGCUGGACACUCUUCUCAUGUCCUGCCGGCAAAUUUUGGUGCGCGUGUACUACUAUAUAUUGUGUAUGUGAGAGUGGAUGUGCAUCGAAUAGUGCGUGCGUGCGUGCGUCCACAAAGUCGUCCAGACACCAACCAAAUCACAAGAUCCUAUCAGCCUGCUCCAGUAAAGUAAGAAUAAAAAAGACAAAAACCAAAAACACCAUGGCGCUACCAACACUCAACCGCCGGCAAACCAGUGUCAGACAGCAGAGGUGGCGGCAUCUACUGUUACCGCUGUUGACGACCGUCCUAGCACUAGCGAGCCUUGGGACGAGUGCACCCGCCACAGAGAAUUUGUACAGCGAGUUCGAUUGGAAACAGGAGCUAAACACCUCGAGCACAACAUGGAUGUCACCGUGUGGCACUAAUAUAUCAGAGGCAAAGAUCAGUAAUCCUACCGGCUCCAACAAGAGCACCAAAUUUCAUCAGGACAUGAAGCGUCUAAUCAACCUGACGCUGCUCGAUCUGAACAAUUGGCGGGAUCUGACCGCUAGCAACAACAGCGUCACGAUCUGGAACGACACCCAUCGCAAGCGCCAGUUUCGAUUCCUGCAACCGUUCGUGAAAAAUGUCUCAAGCUGGGAGCGAAGACUUUCGGUGUAUUGGGCUUACCUGAAGCUGGUACGUCAGUAUCACCAAAAAUACCCAGAAAGUACCAACAUUAAGCGGGAAGAGGUAGUCGCACUCGAAAGUGUGAACGAGGCAAGCAAGGAGCUGCUGUGCACGGUGCAGGAGUACCGUCAGGUGACCAAGCGACAGAAGAAGCAAAUCAGUGUUGAGCAGAUGCAAAAAAUGGUCAACUUUACCAUACACGAUGCUGGUGAGAUCAAGAUUCACAUCUGGUACAUUAUGUGCCGGUUGGAGUGCUUCCUGAAGAACAUGCGCAAACACCUCCGUCAGCUGAGUGCAAAGGGUAACCAAGCGUACAAACCGGUCAAUAUGAUGAACUGCAAAACCUGCCCGUACUGUAAGGCCUGUCCGUACUGCAAACCGAAGAAGCAAUGCCAGCAGCACAAUAAAAAGCACCGGAAGCAAACGCAACAUCAGCAGCAGCAACAGCAGCGACAGCACAAUCGGGCCGGUCACAGUGCCCAGCAGAAGCAGGCGAACCAGCAUCAGCAGCCCAGCAGACAACCGAAAGGGCGGAAAGGCACACAGCAACCGAACAAUCAUGCGCGAAACAAACAGGGUUAAGGGGGAGUUACCUCCUGAGUUACCCUGCUUAAACUCCAGCUUAAACUAAACUCUUCCGUCAGUCUCUCUACACGGACGGCUGUCAGAGAGCCGUCCGCGCGAACGCCAUGACGCGACACGACUUGCCAACUUGUCCUGUCCUGUCCGUGUGUGCUGUCAGCUUUCAUCAACUAAUGUCGAUAAAACAACACUAGGAAACAGUAACAUUCCAACUAUGAUUGUGACGGGUUCCCGUUGGCCGAUUUCCACAUUGCGGGCACCAGAGGAAGCGUUGUACAUUCCGGGUGGGAUGCCGGGCGUGUGUGUGUGUAUGAUAGCACCAAACUGUUUCUGUGUGGUAAAGCUUACCCAAAAAAAAAACCCCGAACGCAUCUGUUAGGCAGCCAGGAAUCAGCUUUACCUAGAACAGCAAUGACAGCCAGGCGCGGACUUGGACGCAUAAAAAAUAGUAGGUAGUAAUAGUCUUUAGCAAAUGGUAGUAUCCGGACAGAUGCGCCCUGGCACUGUGGUAGUGAAGCAGCGCGAGUAUCAAACUACCGUACAACAGGUGUAAAUGUAAUUGUGCGAUAUUACGAUACGAUUCGUCUCCCCCCUGUACGGGUGCCUUUUAACGUUUUGUGUGUGCGUGUGUGUGUGCCUUACAUGUGAACGUUUUGCUGUGAGCGCGCGGUGACGGAACAGGGGUGAUUGUGUGCAGAUCGCAUCAAGUGACAUUAUGUCGGUGCGACCCGAAGCACCAUAUACUAAGCGCGCGCGUACGGUAGCAUUUAUUUAUACACUAUUUAUUGACGAACAAAACCAAACCCAUACACACGGGUCGGAGAAACCGCAGAGACAGCGCAUAGAUCCUUGUGAGCGUGGUGCCUUUUUUUGGGCUUUGCGCGUGUUUUAGUAUGCGUUGGCAGAGCAUCAAGAGCGUUAGGAUGCAAAAAGUUUUACAAAUUUUACGAUCUCGAACACGCAAGGUGUGGGGGUGUGUCAUGGUAAUUAUUAUUAUUUUUAAUUUAAUUCUUUUUUUGUGUUUGUUUCAACAGCCAGAACAGUUAUUUGGCAGUUACAGCAGUAAACGCCAACAGUGUACAAGUACUUAACCCCAGUUAGUUAGGCAUUUCGAUAAGUUCAUAUUUCCCACCGUGGGAAGAAGCUCGAUAUGUAGAAUAUUUUGUUUCAUUCAAUGUUUCCAUUGUUUCUAUUUUUCUGCACUCUAGUUUCAAGCAUGUGUUGUGUUUCAGUCUCAAGUACAAGAUCAGUCGCUUGGUCGGUAAUCGUAUUACCGGCUAAUGCAUCUGACAUGCGAAAUAGUACACCCCCAAACGUCAAUCAAACGGGGAAUGUCAAAAAAAAUAUUAUCCUUCAAAAAAAAAAUGUCUCACCGCUUACAAUGAUGGUUGUGAUUUGUAAAGUAAACAACUACAAAAUAGUAACGCUGUGAUAGAAGCCCACUAUUAGACUCGAUUACUUGCAACGCGUCACAUUACAAAAGCGCCUGGUGAUAAACGUCAGGAAAUGGUGGACAUUAUUUAUUUUCGUGAUUUUUAGUACAUGACAAAAGACAAAUCUGUAGUACGUCACGAAGCACAACUCAUGGUGGGGGCUAGAGCGUUGCUUUCCAGUGUCACGAAAUUGUAAAUUGAAACAGCAGAAAACCAAAAUAUCGCACAGUGUUAUAUACGCAGAUAAGCUUAAGCGCUAUGAUAAGUGUUAAGAGAAGCGAGAGGCAUGCCCGGUUGUUUUUUUUUUUGCUAGGUUAGGUACUACCGUACUUAAUUAUUGUUACGAAUCGGGUUACAAAUGACGUUUAGGCAGCCAAUAGUAAUAGCACCAAGUGGAGUAAGAACGGAAACAAUCGACAACCCUGAGGAUGUUGCGCUACUAGGAGGAGGGUACGCUCGAAUAGCGGCAUCCGACUCACCACACCGGGUUUUUAUAGCCGUAACCGAGUGGUAUAUAUAGUUUGUAGUAUUUUAUUUGCCAACCACUAUUUAUUGUAAUUAAUUUUCGUUUCAAA